AUGGAUGGCGAACAGUACAGAGUUGUGGACGUUUCAGGAGCGCCUGACGGGGAUUGGAUACGUCGUCGAAUUUUGAGUAAGCUCUGCAUCCCAGAGCAGUCCAUGAGCCAAUGGUCGAUUUACCCCUCGGAAGUCGGCGCCUACGCCCUUGGAGGAGCACUCAACGACCGACGACUGUUUGUGCACUGCCGCGAGAGCGGAGACCCCUCGGGGUCGCUCAAGCUCUUCGUGUCCACUUCCCCCGACCGUCCUGCGCCAUUACAGGCCGCCGCUUUCACGAAGGAAGCCUUUCCUCCCAUGAUUGAUAGGUACUCCUGA